CUUCGAUUAUAUUUUGCAUUUACUAUGACUGCGCUCUGUUGGUGAUGUGUGGAGGCAGCAGGAAAAAGCUUUGUUACAUGCAGUGUGAGAAAAUGUCCAGAGGUGUUGACAUGCUACACUCCUCUCAGACCCCUUACAUCUUUGGGAAGCUUUGACAUCCCAUAAUCUUUUUACAAAUCAGAAAAGAGAGGUCUUCAGUAAAGGCACUAAGAAGAAAACUGUGUUCUGUCAUUCCUGGAGCCACACCUUCUCUUACUGAAUGUUUAGCUCGCUGCAUAGGCUGAGUAGCCACACACUCAACCGAGGGCAGAAGAGUAAAAAGAUUACCUACCUAUCAAGCUCCCAAGAUGUCUCAGUCUGAAGCUACACCGCCUAUGUCCCAGAUGGUGGCCCGGUCAGAGUGCUACUCACGUUCUUCGCGCCGUUCGUCCACCAGCCAAGCUGCAGCACGAGCCCGAGCAGACGCAGAAGCUGCCCGUGCCAGAGCACAGUACGCCAAACGCCAGAUCGACAUGGAGGUUGAGAAGGCGCGCAUCGAGGCAACGCUAAACGCUCUGGUGAAGGAGGGUGAGGCUGAAGCAGCGCUUGCUGCAGCUUAUGUCCUGGAAGCGGCAGCUGACGAGGAGCACCACGCCAUCGACCUACGUGAGCAAGGCAUCUCCCCUAAGACGCCUCCUUCCAUUAGACGUGCUCGAGACUAUGUGAAUGCUCACUUCACCAACUUCAGUUUGCAAGUGAAAGCAGAAGAAAAGCCUGACACAAGACAACUGGUCAGUCAUAACGACUCUCACCAUCUACAACAGAGCCAAACACCAGUCGCUUCCUCUCCAGGUGAACAUCUCACUGAUUUUGUAGACAGGGAGCAGCUGAAGCACCCUCCUACACACAUAAAAAGGGAUUUUUCACCCCAGCCUAGACCUUCAGUGACUCCACAAACUGAACUGUCGGAUCUAGCAGCCUAUCUAGCACGCCGUGAUCUGCUGACAGCGGGAUUCAAGGUUUUCGACAACCGUCCUGAGUCCUACUUGUCCUGGAAGUCCAUCUUCUGCAACGCCAUAGAAGGCCUUCACCUUAAGCCCAGCGAAGAGCUUGACCUUCUAACCAAGUGGCUCAGCGGGGAGUCACUUCAACACGCUCUGAGGAUCAGGGCGGUCCAUGUGAACAACCCACAAGCAGGCCUCCAACGUUUGUGGCAGCGUCUAGACAAGAGUUAUGGCUCUCCAGAGGUAGUCGAAGCGUCACUCUUCCAACGCUUACAGACUUUUCCAAAGAUAUCCAAUAAAGACACUCACCUGCUGCAGGAGCUUGCAUAUCUUCUGCUAGAGUUAGAGUAUGCACAAAUUGAAAGUUAUCUGCCAGGCCUUAGCUUUCUUGACACCCCAAGGGGGAUAAACCCAAUAGUUGAAAAGCUCCCUUACGGACUCCAGGAGUCAUGGUUGAAACAAGGGACAAAAUACAAAAGAGACAAUGGUGCAGUUUACCCACCUUUCUCAUAUUUUGUUCAGUUUGUAAAUGACUACGCUGAAAUGAAAACAGACCCUAGCUUUAUGCUACAAAGUUCAAACAUAGUAGCUCCAAAGGUUGACAAGACACCGGUAAAACCAACCAGAUACAGAGUCCCUGUUACGGUGAACAAAACAGAUAUCAGUCAAACAAACGCCACAGCUCAAACAUCAGUUCUCAAUCCGGAAAAACAGCGUUUGCCCAACAACAGGGACCAGGCCCUCAGUCGUUUAAUGUCACUUCGCAAAACGCUCAAAAGGAAACCUAAAAUGAGGGAGCGCUAUGUUGAGUUUUUGGACAAAAUCUUCAGUAAGGGCCAUGCAGAACCAGCUCCUGCUCUUACUCUAGACCAGGAAUGCUGGUCUGACCCAUACGCAGUCAUGGCAGACGUGGAGCAAAUGUUUCACAACUUUCUAGUUAGAGAGGACCACCGUGACUACCUUCGUUUCUUGUGGUUCAAAAACCAUGAUCUGGGUGGAGAAGUGCAGGAAUUCAAGAUGAGAGUACACGUUUUUGGGAACUGCCCCUCCCCAUCCGUGGCUAUUUAUGGACUGAAACGGUCAGCGAUGGAGGGAGAAAGGGAAUACGGCAGUGAUGCAAGAGAGUUCACUGAACGUCACUUUUAUGUAGACGAUGGACUGAAAUCAUUCUCUUCCACAGAUGAGGCCAUUGACAUUCUCUGUAGAUCUCAGAAGAUGCUGGCUCAGUGUAACAUACGCCUGCACAAAAUCUCAUCCAACUGUCCUAUCAUCACAAGUGCUUUUCCAAGUGAGGACCUUGCAACGGACAUGCAGGGCCUUGACCUCGGGCAGACUACCCCACCUAUGCAAUGCAGCUUAGGCUUGGGCUGGGGCCUGUUCACAGACCUGUUCAAGUUUCAGGUAACAGUCAAUCAAAAGCCUUUCACUAAACGGGGAGUGCUGUCAGUCAUUAAUAGUGUGUUCGACCCGCUUGGCUUUGCUGUACCAGUCAUUGUAGAAGGCAGGGCCAUACUGAGAGACAUUUCCACUGACAUUUGUGAAUGGGACACCGAAUUGCCCAAAGACAAAUUACAACAGUGGCAACAAUGGAAAGACUCCCUCAAAUAUCUACAACAACUUGAAAUUCCCAGAAUGUACACCUCAAUACCACUAUCUGCAGCUCUAACUAAGGAGAUCCAUGUUUUUUGUGAUGCCUCCACUAAGGCAGUGGGUGCUGUUGCUUACCUCAAACUCACAGAUAGAGAUGGGCACAGUGAAGUGGGUUUCCUUCUCGGCAAAGCACGACUUUCCCCAAAACCAGACAUCACUAUACCCAGACUUUAA